CCCUUUCGCCCACUUCUUCCUCCACACUCAGGUGAAGAGCGCUCCUGAGACAAAAACAAUGUUCGCCGGUAAAUCUUGUAACAGCUUAGCCAUGAUGCUGGCAGUGGGACUUCUGUGUGAGCCCAUUUUAGAGGCCUCCGGUGAGAUGGAUAACCAUACCUUCCUGUACUUUGCUUACGGGAGCAACUUGCUUAAGGAGAGGCUACAACUUAAGAACCCCUCUGCCACAGUCCACUGCAUUGCCAGACUUAAGGACUAUAAAUUGGUCUUCGGCAACUACAAGGGUCUGGCCAGUGACCGCUGGCAUGGGGGUGUGGCUACGAUAGAGCACAGCCUGGGGGAUGAGGUGUGGGGGGUGGUAUGGAGGAUGAACAUGUCCGACCUUGAGUCCUUAGACAGGCAGGAGAAUGUGAAACUUGGAGCCUACAGCCCAGUGGAAGUGUCUGUGUCGACCCGUGGUCAGGAGCUCAACUGCCGAACGUACAUCAUGAACAGCUGUGUGUACGCUCCUCCCUCUCCUCAAUACCUGAAGGUGAUUGUCAUGGGUGCAGAGCAAAAUGGUUUGCCAAAGGACUACCAGGAGAAACUCCGAUCCAUCGAGACCAACAAAUUUGAAGGGCCACUUCCGGUGAUGUUAGAGGUCGAACGUGCCAUUAAGAGAUCAAAGGAGAGAGCAAACCACCGGUCAGAUGCAUAGUUUUGAUUAUGGACCGCACCUCCGAUGAAGGAUGUUUCCCUGUCUACCGGUAUCCACAGAGAGUUACUUAAGCCUUUAGUCAGCAUUUAGGAAAAGGCAACAGGGCUCUCGUUUUUUUUUUCUGGUGAAGCACAGAAAGAAUGCUUGACCACUUUUAAGUAAUUCUUCACAUAAAAUGUAUAGUUCCUCAAAAAAUACCAAAGGCCUUUACAAGGCAUGGAAACUGAAAGGUUCUUGCACAGAGCCUUAAUUCUUUGUAUAUUUAAACUGGGUUUAAAGGGAGAUUUUUUUUAUUAUUAUUUGAAAAGGGUAAAACAGAUGUUCCAUCCACAGAACCUUUGUCUUGGUCACAAUAGCCUGGUAAGGAAUGCAAAUGCUAAUCCAACCUUUGUAUACUGUAGUAGUAAAGUAAAGAAAUAAAGUAUCAUAAGAUGUUCCGUGUCA